AAACGAAACAAGAGGGAAUGGGCCUGGUCUGGUCACUCUGACAGUGAGCUGCGGCGGCGGCGGCGGGGUGGGGGGACCCGGAUCGCAGAGCCAGCACCCGAAGCGCAGUUCGAAUCCUAAGCCGGAGCGCGGGCCACUGUCCAGAUCCAGGAACGCGGUUACUGGAAGGAAAAAUGGCCAGCGAUACACCAGGUUUCUCCAUAGACAAACUUAAUAAAUACCGUCAGAAGCAUGGAGUAACAAUUACGUAUAAAGAACUUGAUCCUACAGGACCUCCACAUGACAGGAGGUUUACAUUUCAAGUUAUUAUAGACAAGAAAGAAUUUCCAAAAGCCGAAGGCAAAUCCAAGCAGGAAGCAAAAAAUGCUGCUGCCCGAUUAGCUGUUAAUAUACUUAAUAACGAAAAUAAGGUGGAUACUCAGACAGACGCUUCUGAAGGGUUGUUUGUUGGGAACUACAUAGGCCUUGUCAAUAGUAUUGCCCAGAAGAGAAACCUGCCUAUAAAUUAUGAACACACUGUCUCCGCCGAUGCGCAUUCACCCCAAAAAUUUAAUUGUAAAUGCAAACUCGGGGAGAUAACAUACGGUGUCGGCUCAGGCGCUACCAAACAGGAGGCGAAGCAGGCGGCUGCUAAAGAGGCGUAUCAGAAGCUGUCAGAGCAAACCUCAAUGAGCGGUAAUGGAGCAUCAUCUGGUUUUACCACACCUUCAUCCAGUGGCCUCUCCAGCAGCUCGUCUCUAGCAAGCAAUUCAAACCCGGAACCUAAUGAUGUGGGAGAGAAUAAGCACACGGUAGACAGCAGGCUUAACAAGGACUAUGAAGACAUACAAGUAAUUGGCUCAGGUGGAUUUGGCCGGGUCUUCAAAGCAAAACACAGUAUUGACGGAAAGACUUAUGCUAUUAAGCGAGUUACAUAUAACACAAGUAAGGCACUGCGUGAAGUAAAAGCUCUGGCAGCACUCAACCAUGUCAAUAUUGUUCAAUACCAUAAUUCUUGGCUGGGAGAGGACUAUGAUUUCAAGGAGAGCUUGGAUAACGACUAUGAUUUCGAGCAGAGCGUGAGUCGACCAAAGACCCAGUGCCUUUUCAUCCAAAUGGAAUUCUGUGAUAAAGGAACUCUGGAGCAAUGGCUGGAAAAUGGAAUGCUGAAUAACACAGACAAAGAUUUGCUUUUGGAAUUAUUUGAACAAAUCACGACAGGGGUGGAAUAUAUACAUUCGAAAGGUUUAAUUCAUAGAGAUCUUAAGCCAGGUAAUAUAUUUUUAGUAGACGAAAGACACAUAAAGAUCGGAGACUUUGGCCUCGCAACAGCCCUGGAAAGUGAUGGAGCUCGAACAAAGGAAACAGGGACUUAUCUAUACAUGAGUCCAGAACAGAUGUCUUUACUGGAAUAUGGAAAAGAAGUGGACAUCUUUGCUUUAGGACUUAUUCUAGCUGAACUUCUUCACAUUUGCUACACUUCUUUUGAGAAAACAGAGUUCUUCGAAAAGCUAAGAGAGGGCAUCUUCCCUGAUGAUGCAUUUGACCACAAAGAAAAAAGCCUUCUAAGGAAAUUACUCUCGAAGGAACCCAGGGAACGACCUAAUGCAUCUGAAAUUCUGAUGACCUUGGCUGAAUGGAAGAAGAGCUCAGAGAAAAAGAAAAGACACACGCAUUAGGACCUUCCUGAAAAAGUGCUCCGCUUCUGAUAUGUGGUUUUCCUUUAGCUACCUAAUAUCUGAGAAGGAGCAUUGUGGAUGUUGUACUUUUCUUUCCUUAAGUUUUUAGGAAACUUAAAGAAAAAUUUCUUGCACAUAAGUUUUUUUUCUCUCUCUCUCCCAUCUUUUCUUUUCAUUUUUGUUGCUGGUACUUCAAAAACAUUUUUAAAAAAUUCUUUGACAAUUCCAUACACGUAUUGUAUUGCAUUCUCAUCACAUCCCCGCCCUUCUCCAAGCACUUCUGCCAACAACAUGUCUGCUACUGUAUAUGUGAACCACGUGAACUGUAGACUCUGAAUACGGGAGUCCAAAUAAAUCUCUUUGUCCUUAA